CCUCGGCUCACACCACACAUUUGACGAUCACCUGAAUCAUGUUGGGAUAUGUAAUCCUGCUGUCCGUGUUGUCCACGUGUGUGGGAGGGGCAAAUGUCUGCUGUGCCCCUGAUAAGUGGUUUACCCAGAGAUUCUCCGCUGGUCUUGCUCUGUCAAAAGUAGAGGGGGUGAAUGUUCCCUUCGUCGAUGCCGGGAGUUCUGUAGAAUACUACGAUGCCGCCAAUGAAAGGAUAGCCAUCAUCAGCAACUUCAGCCUUGACAACACCAAAGGAGAAUCCAAAGUCAUUGCCGAUCACAAAGGGGGUCUGCUCUAUACAAUUGAUCUAAAGAAGAGUGUGUGUCGUGUCCAGAAGUUAACCCUUCCAUUUGCUAAGUUUUGUGUGACAGAUAAAUUCAAAAAAGCGUUUGACUUCACUCUUGGAUUCGGAAGUAACUCGCUGUCAUCAACAAUUUACUAUGAACUCGACCGUGGCUUUGGUCCGCACCCCAACAGCGUGAUAGACAGCUUCGUUGUUGUCUCGAAAGAAUGCAUUCCCUUACAAACAGACCUCUACGGAAAGGAUAAAUACAACUUCCUUCAAUCAACUGGUUUUUCAAACCUCGGUGCAGAGUUCGAUGAAUCUGUCUUUGAUCCGCCAGAUUUCUGCCCAAAGUGUUCACAGUCUACGAUGACAGACAAUCCUUCUUUUCAAGAGAUCCCUUUGCUGUGGAGAAGACGUGGCAACAUGUAACCAGAAUUAUUUACAAUGCCACCACAGAGGUUAAUGUUCAGCGUUACCUCCUCGAGCCAGAAUUCAAGAAAGAACAAAAAAGCGCCUUGAGCAUGUGUUCCAACAUGACAGCGUGCUAAACUGUUGAUGUUGUCUGUUUAACACAUUUUCCCUCACAAAUAGCAGAUGCCUGUAUCUCCUUAAUAUUGGUAUAUUAGGAUAAUAGAAACUGUUGAAAAUUACACCCCAAACCAGCGGUCAUUCUUGUGUAUAAUUACUGGACGAAACGCUGAACAUUCCAGUCUGUGGAUACUGUUGUGUAUAUAAUGAUCCUUGUAUUCGCCCCUCGCUGUAGUAUGUGAUGCAUGUCAAAGCCGAAAUAAAUAUUUUGUUUUCAGCAUG